AGAUAAAAAAACCCCACAAGACAGAAUCUUCUAGCUUUCCUCUUCCUUCAAUCAAUCUUCUUCUCUCUUCUCUCUUUCUCUCUACCAAAAGAUUCCACAACAAACAUUGUCCUCUUUCUAAUAUAUAAUCGCUUCUCAUAGAUCUCACACUCUGAUUUGCUUACUAUAUUACUCUCUUUGUUGUUUUGUAUAUCCAGAGAGUGGAUUGGGAUCAUGCCAAAUUCUGGAAAAGUUUUGAGUUUUUAAGAUCGAGAACAAAUAAAAAUGGGUUCUUUGGGUGAUGAGCUGAGUUUGGGAUCGAUCUUUGGGAGAGGAGUUUCGAUGAAUGUUGUAGCGGUCGAGAGAGUUGAUGAACAUGUUAAGAAGCUUGAAGAAGAGAAGAGAAAGAUCGAAAGUUUUGAACUUGAGCUUCCUCUGUCUUUGCAGAUUUUAAACGAUGCGAUUUUGUAUCUCAAGGAUAAGAGAUGUUUAGAGAUGGAGACUCAACCAUUGUUGAAAGAUUUCAUCUCUUUUAAUCGGGAAGAAGGUGAGAUUGAAUUGGUGAAGAGAGAUGAGCUAAUGAGGGAGAAGAAGUUUCAGCAAUGGAAAGCUAAUGAUGAUCACAUCUCUAACCGAAGAUUCUCAGACACUAGUAAGAUCAAGAGCAAGCUUGAGAUUGAGAGAAAUCAGAGAAAUGAGGAGAAAUCUUCUAUGUUGUUGAUUCCAAAAGUAGAAACUGGUUUAGGCCUCGGUUUAGGUUUGAGUUCCAUAAGAAGAAAAGGGAUUGUUGCCUCUUGUGGUGGAUUUACUUCUAACUCUAUGCCACAACCACCACCACCACCAGCAGUAGUACCACAGCAACCAGCAUUUCUUCAGCAGCAAGCUUUAAGGAAGCAAAGAAGGUGUUGGAAUCCUGAGUUGCAUCGCCGUUUUGUCGAUGCAUUGCAACAGCUAGGUGGACCGGGAGUGGCAACUCCUAAACAAAUUAGAGAACAUAUGCAAGAAGAAGGCUUAACCAAUGAUGAAGUCAAGAGUCAUUUACAGAAAUACAGGUUACACAUCAGGAAGCCGAAUCCGAAUGCGGAGAAACAAUCAGCAGUUGUUUUAGGGUUUAAGUUAUGGAAUUCAUCAUCGCAAGAGGAAGAAGAAACAGGUGAAGGAGGAGAAUCAUCGAAGAGAUGCAAUUCACAAUCGGAUUCUCCUCAAGGUCCUUUGCAGUUACCUUCUACAACAACUACAACUGGUGGAGAUAGUAGCAUGGAAGAUGUUGAAGAUGCUAAGUCUGAGAGCAUUCAAAUGGAGAGAUUGAGAUCUCCAUAAACCUCAAUCCUUUUUCAAGAAACCAAACUCUUGAUCACGGUUUUGUUAUUUUGGAUUCAUUACUAUUUGUAUUAGUAGUGAAUGAGAACAAUAAUUAUAGAAAGGUUAUAGAUAUAUAUAUAUAUAGAGAGAAAAAAAAGAGCUAUAGAGUGAGGAUGGUUCAAAUUAUUUGCAGAGAUUGUUAUUAGCCUUGUUUUGUGUACGGCUUUUUUGGUUGGGGUUUAAAUUUGAGGCAUUAUUAUCUAAGUAAUAAUUUUGAUGUUUGUUUCAUAAUUUUGUAUGUUUACAAAAAGAGCAUAAUAAUAGGAGGGACAUAAGCAUGUGUUUGGUCAUUUA